GCCAACCCCCAUCGUACAAACCUUUUCCUCCAGCAAACAUUUCACUUCCCUCGGGUCUGAGCGGACUGAGUAUGAGAUGUAUAGGAUUGGACCGCAUUCCAGGCGUUCUGUGGAUUAUUUUUUUACUAAGGGGGUGGGAGAUUAUCAUUAUGGGGAAGGACAUCCGAUGAAACCCCACAGACUGUCGAUCACCAACUCCCUCGUAAUAGGGUACGGCCUGCACGAGCACAUCGACAACUUCCUCUGUCCGCAACCCGCGACCGUCAGCCAGCUCGAGACGUUCCACGACAGCGACUACGUGGACUUCCUUUCCAAGCUCACGCCGCGCAAUGUGGAGGAGAUGUUCCGCUUACAUGGGGAUAUGGUCAAUUCCUCCGAAGACUGUCCUGUGUUCACGGGGUUAUUCGAGUUUUGUAAACAGUAUGCCGGGGCGAGUAUCCUCGCUGCUAGGAGGCUGGGGGAGGAGAGCUGUGAUGUUGCGAUCAAUUGGACUGGAGGACUGCAUCAUGCGAAGAAGAGAGGCGCGAGCGGGUUUUGUUAUGUGAACGAUAUCGUGCUCGCUAUCCAGCAUUUGCUGAGGAAAUACGCUAGGGUGCUGUACAUCGACAUCGAUAUACAUCACGGGGACGGCGUAGAGGAAGCGUUCUACAACACGAACCGAGUUCUCACUGUCUCGUUCCACAAAUACAACGGCGAGUUCUUCCCCGGCACCGGGAAGCUAGACGACAACGGCUCCGGGUUAGGGAAACACUUUGCGCUCAACGUACCGCUCAAAGACGGGAUCGAUGACGAGUCGUACGUGACGAUGUUCCGGGCUGUGAUGGAGCCUGUUAUUGCGACUUUCCGCCCGUCGGCAAUUGUCCUCCAGUGCGGGGCAGAUAGCCUGGGGUGCGACAGGCUAGGCGCGUUCAAUUUGAGCAUCAAGGCGCAUGGAGAGUGUGUCCGGUUUGUAAAGAGCUUUCAUCUUCCGUUGCUCGUCUUAGGCGGAGGAGGGUACACGGUAUCCAACGUUGCGCGAUGCUGGACGUACGAGACGUCUGUGUUGCUAGGCGUGCAGCUCCCAAACCAGCUCCCAUCGACAAAAUACGACCGGUAUUUCCUGAACGAUCGGCGACUGCACCCUCCGCUAGUGAGGAACGUAGAGAACCAGAAUACGCGGCAGUCGUUGGAGAAGAUCAGGAUUUCUGUACGAGAGAAGUUGCGGUAUAUGGAUGGGGCGCCGAGUGUUCAGAUGCAGGUUUUGCCCCCGGAUUUGACGAGGUGGUUGGAGGAUGAGGAGGAGCGGGAGGGGGAGGGGGAGAGGGAGAGGGAGGAUAACCCGAAGAUGCUUGGAGAAUGGUAUGAUCCUGAGUCGUUUGCACCUUCUGGGGAAGGGAAGACUCUGGAGACGGGCAGUGCGAGUGUGAUGUAUGAACCUGUUGUGUUGCCUAAACGGGGUAAGGCGAGGAAGGCUGGUGGGAGGAAGAAGGUGGUGGAGGAGGGAGAGGAGGGCACUGGGGGGAGUGGGACACCUAGAGGGAAACGGAGGGUUGUUAGACGUAAGAGUGGGAAGAGGAAGGAGGAUGAAGAGGUUGAUAUUUGA